AAAAUUUUCAAGGUCGUUCGAUGGAUUUACCUGAGAUUGCAUUUAUAGAUGUUUCAGUAAAUUUAUGUGACUUGGGAACAUUGCUAGAUAACUUAUUACCUAUUUGUGACUCGAAGUUCAAGCUCAAAAUCGAUUGCAAAUACUACUCGGCUGAUAUAGCCGUUCAAUCCUUAGAUAAAUUAUGUGCUCUCAGUGAAUUAUCAGAAAUCAGAAAUGUUCACGGGGUCAUUAUUUAUUUUUCAGGGGAUCAGGUUUCUAGUUGGAAUGAUGCUGUCAAAUUGAUGAGUUUAGCUACUAGUCAUGAUUUGUCUAUACGUAUACUGGUGUGCCAUACUGUCAAUCCAUCUGUUUUGUUUCCUUCUGAGUCAGAUGCUUUUUCAGUUAUGACACGUAUUACUUUGGAUCAUGAAUUUGAGCUAGUUGAAAUUUCACCAACUGAAGAUACUAUUGAAGAAGGUGAAGAAUUUGGAGUAAAACGAAUUAUGUCCAUAUUAGAAACAUAUACAUGGCCAAAUAUGAAACUUAAAGAACAAACUAAUCGAAAACAAUUAAAAUCAGCGGAAAACAAAUUGUUGAAACAUGAAAAUCAUUUAAAUUCAACAGAUCAUUUAUCCAAUAGCUUAGAAAAGAUUCAUUUAAAUCAUGACAAUGAUGAACAUGUCCAUUCCUCAUCAGCAUCAUCAUCAUCAUCACAGGAUGAAGAUGAAUUUGAAGAACUUUUCAAACAAUUACCAACAAUACGUGAACAAUUAGCUUCAUUAAAUUCUACAGAUAGGCAUAAUUUGGCUGAAAAAAUAACAUGUAAAAUUUGGAGAGCUAUUGGCGGUUCCGAAGAAGAAAUUGCUGGUUUACACUCAGAUUCUGACUGAUCCAUUUUCUUUUUUUUUUUGCGUUUGCGAUCAAUUCAUCAUCCAGUGAUCAUUUUUUGUUUUCAUAUUCUUUUUUGUAUUUAUCAAAAAACAAGUGCGUAUUUUUAGUUUUAUUGAUAUUAGGACUAUGUGAAUAUGUUUUGGUGUUGUGCAAAAGAAUCAAGAAUGAAUUGGAUUGUUAAGUAGUAGUAUAUAACCGACCAUGUUAUUUCAUUGUUGCUUAUCCGUCGUUUCCUUUUAUCGGUGUUUUCUUUUUGGAUUUCUUUGUAAAUGAUGUUUUAUUGUAUGUACACUGUGAAUUAAUUUAUUGUUUUCCAUUCCAUUUUUGUGUAAUCAAUAAAAAAAAUAAAUGACACAAUUGUAUAUAA